AGCAAUGGGUUAUAUACCAGGAUUAUAUAAUGCACCGCCUCCAUAUUGACUGCCAGUACAGUGUGUAGCUCACUAGCGAGCAGUGUAGAGCGCAACUAGCAAAAAAGCUUUCUUUAUAAAAGGACAGUAGACUUCUGUAGCUAACUGAAUUCCACACACAUAAUUCUUCGAACAGCAGCAGCAGUGUUCUAACUCAAGCCAUGCCACCAGUAAAGCUUGAGGUAUCAGAUGCGACCAUUACACCAUCUAGUGAUGCCAAGCCAAAGCAGCUCAAUAAGUGUAACCAGCUAGAGCUGAAGGGUCUGGAGUCUAUCGCCCCUCUGGUGCGGUCCGUGGAGGAGACCCCAGAGCCCAUCGCCACAGAGGUGUGUGGGACCAUCCCAACCUGGAUCCGAGGCAGCCUCCUCCGCAACGGCCCAGGGAAGUUUGAGUUCGGAAACCAACACUACAACCACUGGUUUGAUGGGAUGGCCAUGCUGCACCAGUUUAAGAUUGAGGAUGGCAAGGUGACCUAUAGGAGUCGCUUCCUGCAGAGUGAUGCCUACAAGAAGAACAGCGAGAGGGACCGCAUCAUGGUGUCAGAGUUCGGCACGGUGGCCAUGCCUGACCCCUGCAAGAACUUCUUCCUGCGUUUCCUCUCUCGCUUCGAGAUGAUAGAGGCAACAGACAAUGCCAGUGUUAGCUUUGUAAAGUACAAGGGAGACUGCUUUGUCAGCACUGAGACCAACUACAUGUACAGGGUGGACCCAGAGAGCCUGGAGACACAGAAUAAGGUGGACUGGACAAAGUUUAUUGCUGUGAAUAUGGCCACUGCGCAUCCCCACACUGAACCAGACGGCACUACAUACAACAUGGGCAACUCUUAUGGCAGAAAAGGUGCCUUGUAUAACAUAAUCAAAGUGCCCCCUAUGAAGAACAAUCCUGAGGAAACCCUGGAGGGGGCAAAAGUGCUCUGCUCUAUUGUCCCUGCAGACAAGGCCAGGCCCUCGUACUACCACAGCUUCGCAAUGUCAGAGAACUAUGUGGUGUUCAUAGAGCAGCCUAUCAAGAUGGACCUACUGAAGAUUGUCACAGCCAAGCUGAGGGGAAAGGGGAUCAGUGAGGGGGUCUACUGGGACCCCAAACAAGAUACUGUCUUCCACCUGGUAGACAAACACAAGGGACAGACCAGCUCAGUAAAGUUCCACACAAAGGCUCUGUCAGUGUUCCACCAGAUCAAUGCUUUUGAGGAAGACGGCUUCCUGAUGCUGGACAUGUGUUGCUCUGAUAACGGAGAGGCCAUCAACAACUAUCUCAUCCAGAACCUACGCAAGUCAGGGGAGGCUCUCGAUCAGGUGUACAACACCAUGUACAGAGCAUUCCCUCGGCGCUUUGUUCUGCCCCUCAAUGUGACCAACAACACACCGACAGGUGUGAACCUCAACACACGUCCCGCCAGCUCUGCCACUUCUUUCAAAACAGCCAUAGAUAAGGUGGUGUGCCAGUUUGAGGAUCUCCAUGGAGAGGACCUUUAUGAGUAUGGAGGUCUGGAGUUCCCCCAGAUCAACUACAGCAAGUUCAACACGCGGCCCUAUCGCUACUUCUACGGCUGUGGCUUCAGACACCUGGUGGGAGACUCACUCCUCAAGAUUGACCUGGAGGGAAAGAAAGUCAAGGUGUGGUACCAGAAGGGUUUGUUCCCCUCAGAGCCUGUGUUCGUUCCCUCGCCGGAGGCCGUGGAGGAGGACGAUGGGGUCAUCCUGUCCGUGGUGGUCACGCCCACUGAGGAUAAGAGUACAUUCCUCCUGGUUCUGGAUGCCAAGACAUGGGAGGAGCUGGGGAGAGCAGAGGUGCCUGUCAAUAUUCCCUACGGUUUCCAUGGUACCUUCAACACCACUGCCUAGAUCAGCAUUACUGACAUAACAAUCACCCAUUCCUUCCUUCCUCCAUCCCUCCCUCCCUCCCUCAGAUUAUUUUGUGCCCAAUAGAAAUUAAUGGUAAAUAAUGUAUUGUGUCAUUAUGGAGUCACUUUUAUUGUAAAUAAGAAUAGAAUAUGUUUCUAAUCACUUCUACGUUAUAUGUUAAAAUGUGGAUGCUACCAUUAUUACAGAUAAUCCUGAAUGAAUUGUGAAUAAUGAUGAGUGUGAAAGUUAGAUGCAGAAAGAGCAUAGCCCCCCAAAAAUGAUAACCUCCUCUGUUAUUGUAACGGUGAGAGGUUAGCAUGUCUUUUGUGUGUCUGUAACUUUCUCACUUGUCAUUAUUUAUGAUUCAUUCAGGAUUUUCCAUAUUCAUGGUAGCAUCCACAAUAAUGUACAGUGGAAGUGUUUAGAAACAUUCUAUUCUUAUUUCCAAUAAAAGUGACUCCAAAAUGACAAUACAUUAUUUACCAUUCAAGUCAAGGGGUCUGAAUAUGCUGUAUACACAUAUUUUACAUAUACAUUUUACACACAUGGUACUUUUAUAUAGCGCAAUCACAUAAUAAUAAUAAUAAUAAUAAUAAUAGUAAUACAUUACCAAACACAAGCUCUUUAAUCACACAUGAAUUUUGAACCUUCCUAAUCGCAUAUUAUCCACAGAUUGUAAGCUAAAGAUGAAAACCUUUCCUAUGAUUAUUCUUAUAUUAUUGAUUGAUUGACAAUGGCUUUCCAAAUUGCCCAACACUGCUCUUUGUAAGGUUAAUGUUAAGUCAAUGUUGUGAUUGGAAACAAGCUACUGUACAUAGGGGCAAUACCAUAAUAAAUGAUCUCUUCGCAGAAAAAUCUACAGUGCUGAGAUUGUUGUAUGCCCUAUUUAUACAGCAUGAAAUUGGUGGCAAGAAUUUGGUAUAAUAAUUUUAAUUGAAAAAGUCAGUCUUGAAUCAAAUGUAGUUUUUUUGUAUCAGUUCAUAUACCAUGUUUCAUGGAAUCGGUACAUCGAAAAUCUCUUCCCAUUUAUUUUGCAACCUGUAUGGCGCAGCGGUCAACAUUUUUGCCCUCAAAUGAAACUGGUAUAUUUUUCUAUUUAUGCCAAUCAUUUUCAGCCAAUUUGUAUCUUUAGUAUAUGGCAGACAAACAAGUUCCAAACAUUCUCCCUCUUCCCCUUGCCCUUGGUAAUGCUGCAAUCAAUUGGUUGUAACUUUGGAUUGAGCAGACAUUCCCAUAUAUUUUUGAUAGCUGCAUGUGUUACUUAACUCCACUAUUUCUAUUCAUAUUAUCAAUAAUACAUAUAAUACUUUUUUUUUCUUCCAUAAAUAACUUUUUUUUAUUAAUCAGUAUUUUAGUUUAACCAUAAUAUUUGUUCUGUCUUUUCUGGAAGGUAAAUAUAUAUAUAAUAUAUAUAUGAGUGAAGCUUUUAGUGAGACGUUUAAUGCUUUAAUAUUUAAUAUUUUUAGCCCCCAAAACGCAUAUUAAUUAUUUUGUCUGGUUUAGCGUUCCAAAUUAAGUGAAAUAUUUUUUGCUCAUAUGAUUUUUUUUUUUACAUUUUACUAAUGGCAAUGCCAUGAGUAAGUAAACUGUGAUAGGACCAAAGAGUUAAUAAAUGUGAUUUUUCCAUAAAGAGACAAGUAUUUACCUCUCCAUGGUUGCAGAAUCCUAUCUAUUUUUGCAAACUUUCUUUUGAAAUUGGUUGUGAUAAGUUAAUUUAUAUUUUUGGAGAUAUGAAUACCAAGUAUGUCUACUUCACCUUCCUCCCAUUUUAUUGGUAAACUACAAGAUAGUGUAAACAAUGACUUUUAACGAUCCAAUGCGUUAUAUUGUACACUUGUCAUAAUUAGGUUUUAGUCCAGAGAGGCUAGAAAAGUGAUCUAGAUCUUCAAUGAGACUGUGCAGGGAUCCAGAUUGCAGACUUAAGAAAAAAACUUGAGUCAUUGGCAUACAUUGACACAUUUUUGUUUCUAACCCCUUGAUGUUUUUGUUGGAUCAAAUUUUAAUAGCUAGCAUUUCGAUGGCCAUAAUAAAUAUAUACGGAGACAAUGGACAGCCUUUUACUACUCUUAAAAGCUCAAUACUUUCUAACCAUUAUUUACUAUUUUACACCUGGGGUUGCUGUACAUAACUUUAACCCAUUGUAUAAGAGAUUCACCGAAAUUAAAGUAAUCCAGGCAUUUAUAUAUCAAUUAUAAUUGUACUUAUUCAAACUCCUUUUCGAAACCUGCAAUUAGGGAGACUAAGUGUGUACAUUCACUACAACAAAUAUCAAUGUUCAAGUAACUUCAAUCGUUAUAGAUCAGAAUACAUCAUGCAAUUUAGUUUCAAAAAGUUCAUAAAACAUUAAACAGUUAAGUAUUUACAACUUAAGAAGACCAUAUGGGUGGUGAUACCACUUUAUUACUUUAAGUAUUGAACACUGAAAUACUCUGAGUUGGGUUACUCAAAUGGUUCUAGGCAACUGGUUUCCACAUAAACUAAUUGUUAGCAGAACAAAUUACUUUUUACAGUGCAGAAUCUGAUGCCUUACUUUACAUUAAGUUACGCAUGCAUAUCCCAAGGGUGCAUCUUUAACCACUAACAAUAUUUUUUAUUUUUUGUACAUUUUAUACAAAUGAUUUUACUAUGUUCUGUGGUACAUUUUUUAUAAAAAAGUGAUACUAUAAAAGUUUCUCAUUUGUUUUCUGACCUUUAUCAGUCAUUGAUAUUAUUGAUAUAUAAAUUGAAUUAAAUGUUAGUGAUAGUAAAGCCACCAGUGGCCUGGGGUGGUUUAGCUGCUCUAACGGUCUAAACUGCUUCCUCUAGAAAACUAUAUACCACUGUGUCAGAGCAUGAAUUGAAAUCUGACCAAGUGUUCUUUCAGCACACUCUUCUUGCCUCUCCUGUCUCUCUGUUUCCAAACCAAUAAACAUAGAAACUCUGUUUUCA